AAUGGACGAUCGAGAAUUCUCGACUCGACGAGUCGACAUGUACAUACAAUCGAGAAGCAAGGAAGUGUGUCGGCAGUUCGGGUCCAGACUGUAGAAUUCGGCAGCGAAGGAAGAGGAAGGAAGAGGACUAUCGGACUCGGAGUACGGGCCAAUGGACUGGCACAAAUAUAUCUAUGUUUGGCCGAUGGGUCGGAGAUUCGGAGAUGCGGCCCCAUUCUAAGAUGCCCUCCCACCCACACAGGUGACCCAGGUCAGUACAACGGGAAACAUCGGCCAUCGCUCCCCAACCAGUAUGAAUCCGUUCAACAUGAUCAGGCGUUGUUGAGGAGAAUAUCCGUCUAUCUAUCGUCAGGGGCCUGGCAUCAAAGUACCCCUUCUGAAAUAAGAAAGCCCUGGCUACAUAAGUCGGAUAGAUACUACAUAUCCCGGCCAUAGAAGUUAACUCACUUCAAAUAUCCCAGCAUCCAAGGGACGAAUGAAGGUGGUUUAGGUGUAGAACGAACUGAACCUUUACUCGAGAUGGAAAUCUCAAUCACAAACUACCCAAACCAAAUCAACGAAGAUGCUACUCGAUAUCGAUUGAUCGAGCUCAUCUCCAACAUCGCCCAUCAGCCACCUCUUCAUCAAGCUGGCGAGGAGCCCAUCAACUUCGAUCUGAGCUUCUUCGUAUUCGAUCCCACUCAAAACAGAGGCCGCAACAACAAACGCCACCCUCUCCGCCGACCCAGGCAAUCUGAUCUCUUGAACAAUCCGAUCCAUCAGUCAUGGAGGUUGACCUUCCCCAGUAUCGAAUUUGGGAAACGUUUCCUAGAGUUUGUCAGCAAGUCCUCCCCACAACAGUUUGGUUUCUCCUACAAGGUCGAAUUCGCUCAAGCGAAAACCCAUCUCAGUGGUAAAGGAGACAGCAAGAUCAAGGCCCCCACUCCGGCCUUGGUUCAAAAGCUCAAGGAAACCUCGUUUAUCUCGCCCUUAGAGGUGCGCAGGCUUGAUCUAGAGCGUCAAAAAUCAAUCCAUGACCGGAUCCAUCUAGCGUCAAUCGAAUUCGGUGGAUUGAGUGGCCAGGAUUACCUCUCGAAGGAUGCCUCGUUCAGAUCAGAAUAUCGGGUAUCCUUCUUCAAUCCGUUUGUUGACCAGAACGUAUUGAUCGACAAUCAACGGAAUCGUGACAAAGAUCCAGCUACGAUCGUUAUCGAUCACUCUUCUGCUCAGAUCACCGUCCUCCGGGUUCAUAAUAACGUCAUCGAUCAGUUCACAAUGAUUCAUUCCAAGAAUGUCAAACGAAUCGAAUCUCACUCAUCUUCAGUUUUGCUUUUCACCGAAUAUCCUCCUACCUUUCAUUCUGGUCCUCAUUUCAACAUUGAUGAUCUUAACUCGCUUGCAGCUAUGCUUAGUACUCAAAUAGUUAAGUCCCGUCAGAUCGGGUUUGACGCUGACCAGAGGCGUGUGAUUGCCUUUGCAUCACAUGUAAUCAAGUUGAAUUUUCCUAACGAGAAAGAAUGCGAAAAGUUCUUAAGCCAACGUUAUCGCUUCGUUCUACCAAGAGUCAUCCACCUUGAACGCGGUGUAGAGUCCAAUGCUGUCUACACUCCCACCAAUUUGGCUCAAGUCAACGCGACCAAUGCCCGUCUCGACUUGGCUGUCGCCUUUCAACUCGAUAGCUUGUUGUACAACUUGAUCUUGAACCCACUCCAAAUCAUUCAACUUGGAGGAUUGGUCAAGGACAUGGAACCCACCUUAGCUGAGCGAGUCUUGAUUCGAUUGGCCUCUGAUUUGAGCCAAGACCAAACUGGACAGCAGCAGAUCGAUCGACAAAAUCAAACCGUCUCCUUCUCUGACGAUCAACUCGUUCAGAAAUUUCAGGCCGCACGCGAAAGGUGUAGCUCGAAAUCAAAGAAGAACUUGUUCGAUCGACAAGAGCGUCUUGACAAUGUUUUCAAAUGUCGUUCCGUAACCAUCACCCCUACCACCCUGAUCCUCGAGGGCCCGUUACCUGAAGAGAGUAACAGUAUUCUCAGGUUGUACGACUACAAUAGCGCGUUCAUUCGUGUAGCUAUUCGCGACGAGGACGGCUCCAACUAUCAUCACGAUCGCGAGGUUGAUGGACGCACAUUCUUGAAACAACGUUAUCGCCCUUUCUUAGUCGAUGGCCUGUACGUUGCUGGACGCCGAUUCAUGUUUCUGGGAUAUUCCUCAUCAGCUUUGAAAUGCCAUCAGGCUUGGUUUGUCUGUCCAUUCGUCCAUAAGGGCGCAGUGAUGAGCGCUGAAAAGAUUCGAAGUCGUAUGGGAACUUUCUCACUAGUGAAUAGAAUACCAGCCCGUUAUAUGGCUCGAAUCGCUCAAGCCUUCACAACGACACAGAAGGCAGUCACAUUGGCCCCCUCUCAAUUGAGAAAGAUCCCCGAUGUCCAACGUAAUGGAUCCGUCUUCACCGAUGGAGUGGGUACCAUUUCCCCAUCUUUGGCCAGGCAGGUUGAGCAGGCUCUCUUGGGCACGAUGAUGGUCUUGAAGCGCCGGAAUGCAAUUAACUCUUCUUGCUACCAAAUCCGUCUCGGUGGUUAUAAAGGCAUGCUUUCGAUCGAUCCUACUCUUGCGGGGGAAAUUGUCGGAUUAAGGCCUUCGAUGAGCAAAUUCGACGCGGAUUCUUACACACUCGACAUUGCCAGCUCAUUCAGACGACCAUUACCAUCAUUCCUGAAUCGGCCACUAAUCAAGAUUCUCGAAGAUCUCAAAAUCCCCAGUCAUGUGUUCAUGACUGCCCAACAAAAGACCGUCCGGUCGAUCGAGCGCUCUCGUGAAUCGUUUCGACAAUCGGCGAAACUCAUGGAAAAAGCUGGAUUAGGCUUCUCGAGCAGCUUCCCCAAAAUCUUGAAACGCUUCUCGAGCUUGAUGCGCACGGAUAAUCCGGAUGAGGUCCGGUCUACCUUCAUCGAUGAUUGCUUGGACUUGGCUGUUAUCGAAUGCUUGCGCGACUUGAAAUAUCGUGCAAGGAUACCUCUCGAAGGCAGCUAUACCCUCGUCGGCGUCGCCGAUGAAGAAUUCUGCUUGCAAGAAGGCCAGAUUUACGCUUGCGUUCAAGAAAAGGGGAAGCCCAGAAAAUACUUGUCUGGGAAGAUAGCCAUCAGUAGAUCACCUUCCAUUCACCCUGGAGACGUUCAAGUUGUUCAUGCGAUAGGCAGGCCUCCGCCGGGAUCUGAGAAACUGGGCGCCCUGGUCAACUGUGUGGUCUUUUCAGUCAUAGGGAAAAGAUCUUUGCCAUCUUGUUUAGGUGGAGGUGACUUAGAUGGAGAUCUUUAUUCCCUGAUCACCGACCCACAGAUGAUCCCAUUCCAGAAAGAUAUCUGCAGCCCUGGCAGCUAUUCUCCAAUACAACCGAUACUCCUCCCACAGCCCUGCACCAUUCUUGAUGGAAUCGAGUUUUUCUUGGACUAUAUCUCCAGUGAUCUUGUUGGAAUAAUCGCCACUCGACACCUUCAGAUUGCAGAUCAGCAAACACUUGGCACCCUGCAUCCGGAUUGCUUGAAGUUGGCCGAGUUGCAUUCAAAAGCCGUCGAUUAUCCAAAGACUGGAGUUCCAGUCUCGAUCCAAGACUUACCAAAAGUGGAAUCUGCGAAACCUGACUUCAUGUGUCCAGAGUACAUGCUCAAUGUUCACAAGAAGGGCAAUGAGAGAUACUACGAGUCUGAUAAAGUAUUGGGAAGGUUAUUUCGAGCGAUCCCGUCGGAGCGAGUGGAGUUUUUUGAAUCUGGUCCAUCACAUGGACUUUUACCCCAAAGUAUCCCAGGGAGAAAUCGACGACAACGAACGCUAGAAGUAGAAGAAUUAGAUCGGAAUCGAAAGAUAACGCGAAGGCUCAAGAGUGUCUUACAGGCCCGUGGAAUGCCCGACUUUCCUGAUCCGCUCUGGAGGGACGAGUUUGAACGCUUACUGGAAGCCUUUGGUCAAGAAUUCUCAAAGAUCUGUCAACAAAACAGUUUGAACAAAACCAAGUCAAACUACGGUGUAUCGAGGUUGAGCGAGAUGGAAGCCAUCGUCGGUGUGAUCUUGAGCUCGUCGUCUGAUCGGAGACUCAAACGAGAAACGAUCGUCCGAUUGCAAGAUCAGACCAGUGAGCUCUUCGAUACUCUCAAACAUGAGAUCAUCGGAGAAGUCGAGGAUAUCUACAACGAUGAGAUCGAUGAUGACGAUGAUAGGACCAUCGAUAGGUUCAGCCUCGACGAACUCAGCCUGACCCAUGUCCCCAACCAAACCUUGGUCGCAAGGGCUCUCGCCGGCUGGUUCGUCGCCAUCGAGGCCGAUCAAUCUCUCUUCGGAAUCCAUAGCUUCGGCCUCGUCUGUUUGCAAAUCUUGUGCUCUGAACUCAGAGUCUAAACCUCAUCAAUUCAUUCCCAAUUGCUUCUUUGGUGAAACAUCUGUCUCAUUGUUCUUCUCCCCUUCCACAUGAUGUCCUGCUUCCGUGUCAGCUAUCCCUUCCAACUGAAUUCAAUGAACAAAAAAUGCGGGAGAAGAAUGCUUAAUGUCUACGAAAUCCAAAAAAAGAGAUCACAUUUCCCGCAUGCUGUUGCCUUGUAAUACCAUAUCUCAUGUACCCACACACACAAAUCAAUCUUCCUAUAAUCAUUUCCAACAUCACUCGUCUGUCUAUGAUAAAACAAUUAGCCUUAGUUCCGAUGAUUCAGUUGUAUCUGCAGAUUGAAUAAUGAGUAGCACAACAGUUUGUCAAGUGAAAUCCAUGUCUGACUAUAACUUCCAAGAUCUGGCUUGCUUGCUUGUUGGAAGCAACACUCAGCAAAUGAUCCUCAAAAUCAUAUCUGUCAGACCAGACAGUUGUGA